AUGAUGUGUGAGAGCGAUAACGAAAGUGAGAACAAUUCGUCGGCUCACAUUUCUGUUUUUGAGCAACGCGCAUACAUUAAAAUCGAAACGAUUCGUGGUAAAACAGUGCCUGAAAUUCAUGCCGCGUUAAAUGAAGUGUGUGGAACGGAUACUGUGGAUCGUAGUACGGUGCAAAGAUGGCAUCAGCGAUUCCGUGAUGGUCGUAUAAGUAUUGAUAACAACCCUCGCUCUGGCCGACCCUCUACGGUUACUCAAGACAACACUAACGCGGCUAUUCUCGCAACUCUACUCGAUGAAGACCGACGAAUUGGCAGUAGUGUAACCGGGGAUUACUACAAAACAUUCCUUGCCAAAAAAUUGCGACCAGAAAUCUGUAAAAAGCGACCAGGAAUGUUACAAAAUGGUGAGUCCAUAUUGCACGAUAAUGCGCGGCCGCAUAUCGGAACACCAGUCGUCGCUCUUUUGGAGAAAUAUGGAUGGGAACGCCUCAAACACCCACCGUAUUCGCCGGAUUUAAGUUUUGAUUUAUUUCCAAAACUGAAGGAACCACUUAGAGGGAUCCGUUCUCCCAACUUAGAUAUACAUACUCGUAUGUACUCGUGUAGACUUUUCUGGGUUCCGAAACCCUAUAUAUCGUUGCGGUAG